AUGGAGAAGACAAAACGAAAACGUCCAAAGGUAGAAGAUGAUAGUGCUGCAGAGGAGGAGGAAGAGCAGCAGCAUCAGGAGGAAGAAGAGCAGCAAGAGCAGCAGCAGCAGCAGCAGCAGCAGCAGAGAGGGAGAGACAAAGCAUCGAAGCAGAAGAGGCAGGCAGAAGCAGCAAGACAGCGUCUUGCUGCUCUCUCAGAGAAAAAAAUAAAAGAAUUGCACCAAACCCUAAAUGGGGGUUUAGGGGAUCUAGAGGUAGAGGGGGAGGAAGACCCACAAACCCUAAACCCUCAAGAGGAAGACAGCGAAGACGAGCAGGAGGAGGAGCAGCAGCAGAAGCAGCAGAAACAGCAGAAGCAGCAGAAAAAAGCUAAGCAACGUGCAGCAGAAAAAGAAGAGCAGCAAUCCCUGUCCGAUUUCUCCUCAUGCAUUGCCUCUUUAUUAGAAGAAGGAGAAGAAUUUGAUAUAAAAAACAUCGCCAAGGGAGGAAACAAAGAAAAAGUAGAUAAAGAAAAAUCCCUUAAAAAGGAACUCCUCGCGGAGAAGAAGAGGAAGAGGAAUAGCCCGCAUGUUCUUCCUAGCCAGAUGGAUGCGGAGAAAGAAACCCUCCUUAAGAAACUCGCGACCAAAGGAAGUACGUAUAAACCCUAA